CUGCAGAAAACCCAAUAUUUGCAACUAGGACAGAGUCGUGGCCAGUACUAUGGUGGGUCCCUGCCAAAUGUGAAUCAGAUUGGAAACAGUGCCAUGGAUCUGCCCUUCCAGCACAACGGAGCUCUGGCAGAAACCUUUGGAGCAGUUCCCGUCUCUUUGACUCCUUUUCAGUCAUCCGGGCUGGACACGAGCAGAACAACUCGGCACCACGGUUUGGUGGAUCGAGUUUAUCGGGACCGGAACCGGCUGGGAUCGCCGCACCGCCGCCCGCUCUCCGUGGACAAACACGGCAGGCAAGUGGACAGCUGUCCGUACGGCACUGUGUAUCUGUCGCCUCCGUCAGACACGAGCUGGAGAAGGACAAAUUCAGACUCUGCCUUGCACCAGAGCACGAUGACCCCAGCUCAACAAGAAUCUUUUUCAGGAGGAUCGCAGGACAUGCAGCAGAAAAGAGUUUUGCUGCUGACUGUCCCUGGAAUGGAGGAAGCCACCUCUGAGGCAGACAAAGCCCUCUCUAAGCAAGGAUGGGACACUAAAAAGACUGGGUCAUCAAGACCUAAAUCAUGUGAAGUUCCAGGAAUCAACAUCUUUCCAUCAGCUGACCAGGACAACACUACAACCCUGAUUCCUGCUACGCAUAACACGGGCGGCUCCCUGCCGGACCUGACAAACAUCCAUUUCCCUUCCCCCCUCCCCACGCCGUUAGAUCCCGAGGAAUCCACCUUCCCUGCCCUGAGCAGCUCCAAUAGCACUGGGAACCUUGCUGCCAACCUGACUCACCUGGGCAUCAGCACUGCCACUCAGGGGAUGACGCCGCCGGCUCCGUCCCAGCAGCACCGGCAGCCCAACGUCAGCCCACUGUCGCUGAGCGCGGACUCGAGGCGGCCGCAGUCCCAGCAGAUGUCUCCUACACUUUCCCCUCUGUCACCCAUCACUCAGGCCGUGGCGAUGGAUGCAUUGUCUCUGGAGCAGCAGCUUCCCCCGUACCCGUUUUUUACCCAGACGACUUCCCAGCAACAGCAGCAGCCCCAGGUGGUGAGCACCCUGCCUCAGAACACUCCGUUAAUGCAGACUUCUGGUUUACAGCGAGGAGCACAGCUGCCCCCGCUCUCCGUCACAGUACCUUCCACCAUCCCACAGUCGCCUCCGGGCAGCCAGAGCCAGAGCCAGCCGUCCAUGGGAAUAGACAUCAACUCGGCUUCACUCCAGCAGUACCGCAGUAAUGCUGGCUCCCCAGCCAACCAGUCUCCCACCUCUCCUGUCUCCAAUCAAGGCUUCUCUCCUGGCAGCUCCCCUCAACAUUCUUCCAUUCUGGGGAGUGUAUUUGGUGACUCCUAUUAUGAUCAGCAGAUGACAGCUAGGCAGGCUAAUGCCCUAUCCCAUCAGCUCGAACAGUUUAACAUGAUAGAAAACGCCAUUAGUUCCAACAGCCUGUACAGCCCCUGCUCCACGCUUAACUACUCCCAGGCAGCAAUGAUGGGCCUCACCGGCAGCCACGGCAGCCUGCAGGACUCACCACAGCUCAGCUACUCCAGCCACGGGAACAUCCCCAACAUCAUCCUGACAGUCACAGGAGAAUCUCCUCCCAGCCUAUCGAAAGAACUGACCAGCUCCUUGGCAGGAGUGGGCGACGUCAGCUUCGACGCCGAUUCCCAGUUUCCUUUGGAUGAACUCAAAAUUGACCCUUUAACCUUGGAUGGACUGCACAUGCUGAACGACCCGGACAUGGUCCUCACCGACCCCGCCACAGAGGACACGUUCCGGAUGGACCGGCUGUGACGUGCGGGCGCCGGGAGCUCGGGAGCGGGGUUGUUCCUGGAUCAGCCGAAGCAGAGAGUCCGUGGGUCAGUCGUGUCAGAGCCGGAGCUGCUGAGAGCCGGAGCUCUGUCCUGUACAACGUGUACAAUGAGUAAAGCUUGUUGUUCUAAGCUUGCAGCGCUGCAGACCCCUA